UCUAUUGUAGAUCCCUUGCAUUUCCAUUCAGCUUCCUGAAGUAACCAUGUAUGUGUUUUGUCUCCCUUAGAAAACUAAAAUCCAGAGCUUGGCUAUAAUCCACUCCUCAAGAGAGCUAGAACUGGCUGAGGUUCUGUGUCAACAAUUGUAUUUUUUUUCCUUGACUGUGUUUUUGUCCCUGUCACCAUCUCACCAUCCUUAACCCAAAUAUUAAACCUGGUUUGACUGGAACUCUAUCUUGGGCUUAGCUGCAUUCUAUGGGUCUUUCUGGGAUAAGGAGAGUGGGAGAGAUGGAUGUCAUCAUGGGGGAUGACAUGGGGAGAGAAGAGGGUGAAAAGAGAGAAUGAAUGAAAAAUUGUGUUGAGGAUGGAGGAGGAGCCAACAAAAGAAGGAUGUUUCAGGAACCAACACAUUAUCACAGACUCAAUAUACAUCUUCCUUGCUGACCAUUUCCUGACCUGACUCCACCCCUGAGGGACACAGCUCAGCCUUGACCAAUGACUUUAAAGGAUUAGGGGGAACAAAGGGCCAGAAGUUCAGCAGUAAAGAAUAAAAGGCCACACCUUCCAGCAGCAGCACAGACUUGCUUCUGACACUUCUGUGAUCACCAGUAAGCUUCAAGACCUGACAUCAUGGUGCAUUUUACUGCUGAGGAGAAGGCUGCUAUCACUGGCCUGUGGGGCAGAGUGAAUGUGGAAGAGGCUGGAGGCGAGGCUCUGGGCAGGCUCCUGGUUGUCUACCCCUGGACCCAGAGGUUCUUUGACAACUUUGGCAACCUGUCCUCUCCCUCUGCCAUAAUGGGAAACCCCAAGGUCAAGGCCCAUGGCAAGAAGGUGUUGACAUCCUUUGGAGAUGCUGUUAAGAACAUGGACAACCUCAAGGGCACCUUUGCUAAGCUGAGUGAGCUGCACUGUGACAAGCUGCACGUGGAUCCUGAGAACUUCAGGCUCCUGGGCAACGUGAUGGUGAUUAUUCUGGCUUCGCACUUUGGCAGAGAAUUCACCCCUGAGUUGCAGGCUGCUUGGCAGAAGCUGGUGGCUGGUGUUGCCACUGCUCUGGCCCACAAGUACCACUGAAUUCUUUCAGUUCACCAUUUUUAGUCCCCAAUGCCUUCCUUCUAUACAUGGGGACUGGAGUUUG